CACGUCUAGAUUAUGCAAGAGGAAGUUUUCUGAAGCGUCACAGCAACACGUCAAAGACUGGAUAAUGUGGGUUAAGUCCAGGAUGGCGUGACCGGUCACUCAGAUGGCGGAGGAACUUCGUUGUAGCAACUCGUUUGGAUCUGUCAGAGUUGUCAUGUUAGCGGGGAACUGCCUGGUGGGAUUCCGUUGAGAGGCGCCUGUCGACGCAGACGCGGGAUGCAGCGUGGACUGUACACGUUACCUCUGUGUUCGGAAAGCAGACGAAGCGCAAUUGGAUAUCACUAAGUGGUCCACCCGCAAUGCUGGGUUUGGAAUUCAGCGUGCCAUGUGCUUAGCCCCCCUGCGCUUGGCCCUGCUGUGUGCGCUCCUCUCUACAGCCAUGUGUGUCACCCCCACCGCCUACAGAAACGCUACGGCAGCUGCAAUACCAGCGGACGCCAAGUCGCUUCAACGCACCGUUCGGUCCACCAUGGCCAUGAUGAUGCCUACCGAGAGACGCAUCCCAACAAUGCAAGAGAUCCUGGCCCUUCGGCAGCUCGUCUUCGAUAACGGCCUCGUGCCUGAAAUCCAGCGAGAGAUCAUGAUGCAAGAGCGACAAGUGCAGGGACGACAAGCGCAGAGCGGCGGAGGACAGUCCUUUUUCCAGAUCCUGUCCCAGCUGUACGAUCUCAAUCAGUGCCGGACACCAGACGGAUUACCGGGUUCAUGCGGCGACAUCAGACGAUGCAUAUACCUGCUGUGGGACUUCACCCGACUGAGACAGUCCAUUUGUUUCCAGAACCUUCUCUUUCCUGGGGUCUGCUGCCCUGGAAGGCCAACAACCACAACAACAACUGCAGCACACACUGCUGCCACGACUCCUCUUCCGUCUGGCUCUGAGCUUCCCAUUUCCUUAGAGAACCACUUUCUCGAAGAGGACUUGCCAGACCCAUUGGGAUCCGUCACCAUAGAAGCAUCCAAUGCAACCUCUAUACCUACAGCUGCUUCCACGCGACCGCCAAAGCCUUCGCCGUCAACCACAACAAGAAGACCGUCACCCUCCACGACAAAGAAGGUGAAGACGAAGCCUACAACGCCGAAGCCUACGAAAAGGCCUAGCGGAACGCCUAAGCCACCGAGGCCGACGGUUGUGGUGAAUAAUCCGCACCGACCUAGGCCUAGGCCGCCGCCUGCUCCCAGGCCACCGGUACCACAGGAGUCCAGGCCGCCUUCGUUGCCGCCGUCAAUUCCACCUCCCCCGCCGCCAGGUCUGGUAACUUCGAUGCUGACGCCUCCGGUGACGACGCUCACGACCGUGACACCUGCGCCAGUACAGAGAUCGUGCGGCGUGGCUGGCAGAGACGCUAGAAUUGUCGGUGGAGAAGAGGCCGCUCCAGGUCAGUGGCCGUGGAUGGCAGCAAUAUUCCUUGAGGGUCGACGAGGCCGUGAGUUCUGGUGUGGAGGAGCCCUCAUCAAUGAGCAUUUCAUUCUGACAGCUGCUCACUGCCUUUCGCAUCCAUCGGGUUACAAGUAUCGGAUUGGCCAACUGAGCGUCCGUCUGGGAGAACAUCAUAUCUACAGUGACCACGACAGCGCGCACCCAAUCGACUUCCGAGUCCUGGAGGCCUUGCAGCACCCACAGUUUGCGAGGCACGGCUUCUACAACGACAUCGCCUUGCUUCGUCUUGACGGCACUGUCACGUAUUCAGAGACAAUUCGACCUAUCUGCAUCCCCGAAGGACCCCUUUGGGAUCUUUCUGGAGUCAUGGCUACAGCGAUAGGAUGGGGAACCCUGUCUUACGGUGGUGCCAACAGCGGCUCUCUUCAACAAGUCUCCUUCCCGAUCUGGCGAAACCAGGACUGCGACCGCAGAUACGUACAGCCAAUUACAAAGGGAUUUAUGUGUGCAGGAUAUAUAGCUGGAGGGAAAGACGCCUGCCAGGGAGACUCUGGCAGUCCACUUAUGAUCCGCAACAGGGACCGACAUUGGCUCGUUGUCGGUGUCGUAUCAUUCGGUAGCCGCUGCGCUGCAGCCGGGUUCCCAGGCGUCUACACACGUGUCACUGAAUACCUCGACUGGAUUCGGCAAAACAGCAGACUGUGAUCAAUAUUUGUGCAACUAAGGCGCCAAAACACACGAAAGAGUGCUCUCGUGGCCACGCAACUUCACGCACGGGGUAUCGUCAUCGCACAAAAGGACACAGCGUUUAGUGUGAGCGGAAUGAUUGUGCUAAUUUAAUCGUAUGUAGA